CCAGAGAAGGGCCCUGGACAAGGUAGAGACAGCACAGGGCGGCGGAGGCAGACCUGACUGGCAGUUAAAUGCUCCCUGAGGCUCUGAGCGCCACCAGAACACCAGGAGAUCUCAGAGGACAUUUGGAUUGCGGGAAAGAGACACAAGAAAAGCAUUUACCGAAGACUUGCUGAGUUUCCAUCUCGGCAAAAAGUCGGUUGUGGAUUUAGAGUAGCCCAGCUUCAGAGGACACUUUGAGACCCGAGAACCUUGCGGAGACCUGGGUGACUGAAGGAUGGUGGCGGUGUUCUUGCUGGCACUUGGCUGGUUCUGUUCUCCCCUGGGAGCUCUGGUUCUGGACUUCAACGACAUCAAGAGCUCUGCUGACGUGCAAGGAGCUGGGAAGGGUUCACAGUGCUUGUCUGACAGGGACUGCAAUACCAGAAAAUUCUGCCUCAAGCUCCACGAUGAAAAGCCAUUCUGUGUUACAUGUCGUGGGCUAUGGAGGAGGUGCCAACGUAAUGCCAUGUGCUGCCCAGGAACGCGCUGCAUAAAUGAUGUUUGUGCUGCGAUGGAGGAUGUAGCCCGGAUAUCAGAACGGCAGAUGGAUGACCAAGAUGACACAGAUACAAAAGGAAUAACUGAGCAUCCGAUUCAGGAAAACAAACCAAAGAAGAGGCCACAUACUAAGAACUCACAAGGCAGUAAGGGACAAGAAGGAGAAAGCUGUCUUAGAACUUUUGACUGUGGAUCUGGACUUUGCUGUGCUCGUCAUUUUUGGACCAAAAUUUGUAAACCAGUCCUAUUGGAGGGACAGGUCUGCUCUAGGAGAGGCCAUAAAGAUACUGCUCAAGCUCCAGAAAUUUUCCAGCGUUGUGACUGUGGUCCUGGACUAUUAUGUCGAAGUCAAGUUACUGGCAAUCGACAACAUGCACGGUUAAGAAUAUGUCAAAAAAUCUAAAAAGCUAUAAAUAUUUCAAAAUAAGGAAGAAACCUCAUUGCAUUCAAGCAGAAACCUCAGAACUUAAAAAUUCUCUGUACAAAUCUCUCUUAAAAUAAGCUCUUGUAGCAGCUGAAAUAGAUGGAAGCUAGAGAACUAUGAGAUGCUACCUUGUGAUAAAUAGAAAAUUGCUUUGUUUUUUUGUAUAUUACUCCAAAAAA